AUGAGAAAUGAUUUCCUUUAUAUAAUCAAAUUUAUAACCACAGGUAACUCCACUGAAAUUCAAGAAAGUGAGAGAGAAGUUUAUCUCCCUAAAUGGACUAAAGUUCUUCUGAUUGUUUUUGCUGUCUGUCUGGUUUUUGCUCUUGGAGGUCUCUGUAUUCUGGGGAUACUGUAUGUCAGAGUUUCAGUGCAACUGUCUGCCAAGAAAACUAAUGGCACAAAUUACAAAGAAGAGUUUGAUGUGCUCCGCAACCAGCAUAAGAAGACACUUGAAAAGCUGAGCAGAUUAAACCACAGUACAGGUUGUGCACUUUGUGCAGUCCACUGGAUUCAUUCUGGAGGAAAGUGUUACUACUACUCUACAGUCAAGAUGAACUGGACACAGAGUCGAGAUCACUGUGUGACUCUAGGAGGACAUCUAGUGAUCAUAAACAGCAAAGCAGAGCAGGAUUUUGUUACCUCUAAUGUUGAAGAGACUCACUGGAUUGGUCUUAAUGAUGUGGACACCGAGGGUCACUGGGUUUGGGUGAAUAACCAGCCAGUUAACAAUUCAGUAGAAUUCUGGAUGAAACGAGAGAAUGAAAUCAGUGAGCCUGAUAACUGGACUAAAUUUCAUCCGGACGGUGAAGAUUGUGCUGGUCUGGGACAUCCAGGCGGAGAGACGGAUUUCUGGAUGGAUGCUUACUGUUUUGAAGAGAAAAGAUUUGUGUGUGAAGCUGCUGCAGCUGUUUAAUUCAUCACUCCUCAAUAGAUCUUUCUCACAUUCAAAAAAAUUGUAAUUUACUCACCAUUAUUCAGAACCAACUUCAUUGGAACACAAAGACACAUUUUGAAGAAUGAAGUGUACUUAAUACUUUUCCCCCGAUAUUCUUCACGUUUUGAUGCUUAUUAGGCCAAACUGGAUUACUAUACAAGAUAAUCUUGGCUAAGUUCAGCAAAUGCUUUGUAUUAAAUGUAAGACUUACUAUUUUACAUUAUGAUUGAAGUUGCAAAAAUGCAAGUUUCCGCUUUUAACACUUUCUUUACACCCAGAGUUUCCGAGAUGGGGGCAUCUGCAUUUUUGGUAAAUUUGUUGAAAUUAAAUG